CGUGAACCGCCAGAACCCAUUCAGUGACCAACCGAGGAACAUCGCCAACGCAACUACUUCCGAAGGGUGAGAGAGUUAAGUGGAGGCUCGUGCGAAAAAGUGUCUAAGUGCUGGACAAUUUCACAACAUCGGUCAAUUAAAGUUGGGAAAAGGGGUUUGAUUUGUGAGGAGAAAGUGCGUUCGGAACCGAUUUCGCGCAGCAAAGUUCCCGCGAGGUUCAACCUGGCCUAUUACCGGACUACCGGAACGUAUCAAGCAUCGAAAAUGGUCAUUAAAACAUCGGAUUUGGCACCCACCAUGGAGUCCAAGGUCGGCUUCAAGACGGUCGGAAUUGGGGCCAGCGUCCGGACGACGCUGGUGAGCGCCCUGUCGGAAGGUCGCACCGUAAUUGGGAUGGCCAACGCAAUCCAGCAGCUGCGGGAGGACCCCCAGCAGUUUGUGUUUUGCUUCAUGGCCCCGUCGGAACACGACAGUGGAUCGCACAUGCAGGAGGUUCUGCUGGAGGCGUUUUGCUUCGAGCACGACAUCUACAUUAUUAAGGUUGACAGUGCAGAAAAGCUAAGUCGAUUAGUUCAGUCCAACGAGUUGGCCUGGUGUGCUCUGAUUCAGAAGCCCCCGAGGAAGGAAUCCCGCAGCGAAAACAUCCUGAUAGACCACUGUGAGCUGUACUGGGAUGAGCCAGCGAAACCCGUAAUCAAAUUGCCGGAAAAAUGAACGAACUAAAAACUGGUGAAAAAAUCAAACUGAGCUGAAGAAAAUCUCCUGAAACAAACGAUUCAGCGAGUAAAGAAAAACAGUGUUACAGAACAAAGUGACUCUAAAGUGAAGUGGUUUGCCUACGAGCGGACAUUGUUCUACUAAAAUAACGGGAAUCGGCGAUAUAAUGGGCACCCAGACGGUGCAAUAUAUAAAUAGUUUCAAUAGCUUCUGAUAAGAUAAGCAUAUCUUUGAAAACGAUUCUCAAACAUUGUCAGCUGGAGCGACGCGUGAGCCGUCGUCGGGAUCGAAACCAGGAAGUGGUACUUUAGAAGACAUCUGUGACAAGUUUUGACAGUGAUUAUUUUGAUGUGUUACUAUUAUUAUUAUGACAGAUUGUAAUUAUUUGUUAAUAUAAUAGUAGUAAAGAUAAAUCUAACCUAACCUAAGCAUACGAUUAAUCGAUUGAUUACUCACAGCAACCAAUAGUGGUGUAAUUUGUACGGUAUCCUCAAAUAACCAAUGAAUAAAAACUCUGAGAAAAGGUGUAAAAAUAAAA